AUGUCCAAAAAAAGGUUGAAGAACUCUAAAGCCGCCGUUUCUUCCACUUCGUCUGUGACUUCGACCAUCCCUGCCACCAGCUCCAGUCAGCUAGUACCUCUCUGCAAGCGAAGAGGAUGGACAAAUGACGACCAGUACGACAUGCUAUCCAAUAGGAUCCCUAGGUUUGAACUGUGUGCUGUGAAUGGGACGUUGGCAGCAUUCAAGGCUGAGUUAGUAGGAGAGUGGCAGGAUUGGUGGCCAGAGAGGAAGGGGAAAUUCUUCUUGGAUCAUAAAGGGAGGGUGCAAAAGGUUUCUGGUCAUCUCAUCAGCAUCAUGGACUCGCCAAAGGAUGAGCCUUUUCCGAAAAUGGUUGGUGAUAUCUUGACCCUGGGCCCAGACCAUUGUCUUGACGGUUGCGAUUUUGCGGAUCCCAAGGAUGAGGAGGAUGAUGGAAAUGGGGAGGAGUCACUGCGGGAGCUGGACCCGGAGGUAGAGGAGGUUCACAUCGCCUUGGGUGUGGCUCUUGAGGAACGUCGAACGAAACUCUUUAACUGGUAUGGUAACAACAAGCCCGGUUGUCGUAUCAGGAAGCUAGGAGGCCUCUCGACUUUUGCACUCUCUACCACUCAUGUUCUGCAACCGAUUCAUAAGUACUCCAACAUGUACUACACCGAGCGCGUCCUCCCUCAUGUUAUCACUGAGGCUGAGUCUCGUGGUGUUCCCCACAAUGAGCUCCUUCUUGUGAAGGAAAUGAUGGCACAUGCUUGGGCUAACAAGUCGGAGGAGAUUAAGAAGUCGGUUAUGGAUGCCAUCGAGAAGGACAAGGAGUUGAUUGCGGCAAUGAAGGACGGCACAUUAGACAUUAAUGUUUCAGAUGCUGACAAGAUAACAAUCAUCGAAAGUCUUCAGUAUGAGCUCGCAUCUAUCUUUGAGCAUAUCAACAAGUUUAUUGAGUUUGAACCACAGGACACAACUUUUGCUCUGGAUACACCCCUGGCACAAUUCCGGGUGACCGCUGCAGCUUUUCCGAGUCUUGAAGGAGAAACUGUGGCUUCUGGCAAGACCACCAAAGAAACCCAGGUCGUUGUCCAGGCCCCUCUCAGCUUUGACCCUGUAGCCCUGUUCAAGGAACCACUUUCGUCUGUGCUAUCAGAGCAGCUGUCUCUUCUCUCCGAAGCUGAGCAACCACUUCCAGAUCAGAGCUCCGCCCCCUUGCCAGUUCCUAAGCAGCCGGUUCCAGCAUCGCCUCCAGAUCAGAACUGUGCCCCUUUGCCGGUUCAGAUCAAUAAUGAUCUCUCCCAGUUACUGCCACAUCAAGAAUCAGCUUCUCUGUCAGCUAAUGCCCCGCUAUUUUCCAAGGAACAGUCUCUCCUGCUGCCUCCAGUUCAAAACUCGAGCCCUCCCCCUUCAGGACUGCUUUCCCAGCCUUUCCCACAGAUUCCAACAUCGUCGAUGUCCAUCAAUCAUCCUCUUGAUGAUGUAUUUGGUGCACUGGACCAAUCUUCGACUCAGUUUAACUUAUCAUUACCUGGAAUGUAUCCCUUCUCCAACAAUUUGCCUUCUUUGUCAGAUAGUCUCUCCUCCUCCCAGAUGUUUGACGACUCGGAGCCAUUUGACGACUCAGCUUUUGAUGGGCUGGAUUGGUUGGCCAUGGAUUGGACCACACUGUUUGGUAGUGAAUUAGAUGCUAGCAGAGUCAUCUCCUCGAAUCCAGCAUCCCUGCCUGUGCUGCCUUCACCCUCUAUUGAUGGAGUUAUCCCCACUUCGAACACUGUGCCCUCGCCCAUGCUGCCUUCACCCUUGAUAGAUGAAGUUAUCCCCACUUCGAACGCUGUGCCCUCACCCUCAAGCUUUAGCAUCAACGUAUCCAGUUUGAUGGAUGAUCUCAUAACUAUGGCAACAGUCUCAGGAACAGUGGAUUUGUCCAACAUAUCCUUCUCUUCUGUUCCCAAGCAUGUAGCGAUGAAAACGGUGGUUCCAUCAAAGACGACUUCUACUACCUCCUCCAUUUCCAUGUCGACAUCAAUCCCAGACCCACUGCCAGAUGUUUCCAACCUAUCACAUCUGUCUAGACAACGCAAGCACCCAGGCCCCAAGGAGGUGAUGACUCUCUCUGUGACAGAGAAAGUGCAUGGUCCACCCAGGUGGAUUGCCAAGGCAAGGCUGCAGAUGGAAGAUGAAUCUCUCGGCCCAGCGUGGGUGGAUCUUCUUGAUAAGUGGAGGCAGCUUGAGUGCGACAUCUGGAGCUCAGAUGUCGAUCCUGUGUCUUUUUUUCUAGGGAAAGCUAAUGGUAUUGAGGCGAUGCCUGCAUGCCUGCAUCCCCUUACUCUGUGGCUCAACAGUGCAUGCUAUUUUGAUCUUCCACCAGUUGUCAAAGACUACUCUCAAUUUGCGUCUGAGAUGAUCGAUUGGUGGAACCAACUUAAUCCUAGCUGGCGAUGCUCGUUGACUGGUGCUGGUGGUCUACCAAGACCCGACUAUACUAGCAAAUCAUUGCUGGCACUGCGAAAGGGAGGUCAGUACGGACUGGUGACCAUUAUCCUUGGCUUAUAUUGGUGGGCACAUGGUCGUCAAAGCUUAGAGGAUACUUGGCUGGGCAUGGUCCAUGAUGUCACAAAGACUAUUGACAUCAUUCUUCAUCCAGAACGCAAACAGGGACAGAAGUGUCCAAGUGACGAUGUCCAAGAGGGAAAUGCAAAGCAUGCAAAGGUUUGA